GCCCGCGUGCCCGUAUGCGUGCACGCGACAGCAGUUUGUCCUGGUGGGCUUCUCCUCCGCUCCGUCUCCAUCAAGGUUUGACAGGGACAGGCGGACUGAUACGUGAAAGAGAACCGGUCGCCAAGCCUCUUUGUUUAUACUUAUGAAGAUAUCGAUCGAUAUUGAUCGAUAGGGCGGGCGAUUGGAGGCGCUGGUUCAGUGCACGCGACCAUGGCAUCAGAUAUCACUCCCGAGGCGGUGGGCUUCCUGUCAGCCGUGGGCAUCUUUGUCAUUUUACUGGCCAUACUCUUCCUCUUUAUCAGUAAGAAGCUGUGUUUCGCUCGUGUCGGAGGUCUGCCAUGCCUUGAGCAGUACAGUCGGCGCAAACGAAGAGACCGCGCUGGGAUUCACCAGGGACUCGUGAAUACUUAUGGUGAUGAUGGAGAGAUUUCCAGCUCAUCAGACAGUGAUGAUGAGUUAGCAAAGCAGUUUGAGAUCUCAGUUUCCCGCUCACAAAGCUUCCGGUUGGGUGUCACGGAGCUCAACACCCAGAAUGCACCAGGGAAACAUCACAAAUUUAAACGGCUGCCGUCUGACCAGGAAGAAGGAAGCACGGAGCCAUCUGACUGUGAAGAAGCUGAAAGAAACAGUGUGCAGAGUUUUGAAGAUCCCCUGUCAUCCAGGCGACGUGUGAGGUCUAAGCCGAGAGACCCGUUAUCACAGAGUCCUCUUCCUGAGGGCCGGACCUUCACAGACCCCCUCUCUCUGAUGGCGGAGCAGAUCUCUUUGGGCUCCCAGGACACAGGGGACGGUCUGGAGGCUCUACCCAGGGACGAGGGCAGUCGCCUGAGCAGUGUUGGACGGCAAAACCCACAGAGGAGUCUGGCAGUCGACAAUCAUGGAUAUGACAACAGUGAGGCUACGGAUAGUAUCUCCACAUGGAGCUCUGAGCAUGAACAAUCUCCAUCCCACCCUUUGAGUGCUUCCCCUCGUGGACAUAUCUCAAAAUGUGGUGAUCUCAUAAUUGCCCUCGACUACCGGGCUGAAACCCACAGGCUCCUGGUCACAGUGAUAAUGGCCCAAGGUAUUCCAGACAAGGCACGGAGUGGCAUGGACUCCUGGCAGGUGCAUGUGGUGCUGUUACCUGGUAAACGACAGCGGCACAAGACGGCCGUACAGAAAGGCUCCAUGCCUAGGUUUGAGGAGACAUUCCGGUUCUCACAUCUAGAGCCGGGGGAUCUGGGUUCCUCUGCGCUGCGGUUCCGCCUGUAUGCGCUGGGGAAGAUGAACAGGGAGAGGAUGAUGGGGGAGGCCAUGUACAAGCUGAGCAGGCUGAAACACACAGGACGCUUCCAGAUCACACUGGUCCUGGAGCCACGUAGUAAUCUCAAGACAGUAGACUCCCAGGUGUCUUUCAGCGCUCAGAGUGACAGUGCUUCCUCCAGUCAUUCUGUGUCUCACGGCGGAAACCCAGAACUACUGCUGGGUUUAUCAUAUAACGCCACCACAGGACGACUGUCUGUAGAGAUCAUUAAAGGCAGCCACUUCCGUAACUUCUCUCUCAACAGACCUCCAGAUACAUUUGGUAAGCUCGCUCUGUUAAACUCCAUGGGACAGGAGAUAUCCCGCUGUAAGACGUCCAUCCGACGCAGUCAGCCGAAUCCUGUCUUCAAGGAGACAUUUGUCUUCCAGGUCGCACUGUUCCAACUGUCAGACGUCACAUUAAUGGUCUCCAUUUACAAUCGGCGGAACAUGAAGCGCAAGGAGAUGAUUGGCUGGGUGGCUCUGGGCCAGAACAGCAGCGGCGAGGAGGAACUUCUUCACUGGCAGGACAUGAAGGAGAGCGGAAAUCAGCAAGUCUGCCGCUGGCACACACUACUAGAAGCUUAGAGGGGAGAGAGAUAGAAGUCUAAUCACUCAAACCUACUGCGUUCAGCUGGAUUUUCCUUUGGGAAGGAGGUGAAAGCCAACACCAAAAAUACCCACAAAACCCGGAAUGAACAAGCACUUUUAACAGUAUCAAACAAAGAUAUGGCAUGUAAAUUUUGGAAGAGCAUACAAACACAAAGAAACCCCCACACACCGCUUUCCUUCUCCCUGAGAGUACUUGAUACAGCCUCUUAUCUGGUAACCAGGAAAUGACUUCAUGGUGUAAUAUACAGACUACUCUCUUCAACUCCAGCAGCAACCAAUCAAAACGCAUUAUAGCCCGAGCCACGGUGAUUGUCGCCUAGCGAUUUCAUGAAUGGAGGAUUGAUUUGAAAUGAUUAAAUGCCUUUCUUCAGAUCAUUUUAAGCUAGAACGCCAGAACCAGUUUUAGUGGGACCAAAUGUUUGAGUAGAAAACUGUUAGCUGAACACGUGCACUUUCAUUCAUGCUCUCCUUUUUACUUUUUUUUUUUACAUUUCACAUCAAUAUAUGUAAUAUACAUAUUUUGAUGUAAAAUGUCAAGUAACAAAACUGUAAUAUAAAGUCACAGACUCAUGUUAUGAUAAAAGUUGUUAAAAGGAGUGCACAAGUUAUCUCUAUUCAUAUCAGAAAAAGAGAUAUCAGCAAAUGUCUUUAAGGCGUAGUUCACCCAAAGAGGACAUUUCUAUUAUUAUUUACUCACCCUUAUAAAGUUCCAUUUUGAAUGCUUUUCAUUCAACCAUGAAACGCAAAAGUUUUGAACUCUUUUUAGUAAUUUCACUGAAUGAGGACUGGUGCUGGUCAGGAUUUAAAGGAGACCUGUUAUUUCCCUUAUUGCAAUAUGUAAUAUAAGUCUCAGGACACCCCAGAAUUUGUCUGUGAAGUUUUAGCUCAAAAUACACCACAGAUAAUGUAUAAUAUAAUUUUGAAAAAGCCUUUUUUGAUUGGAAGCAGAAUCACACUGUAGUGGAUGUCUCAUUAAAUGCAAAUGAGCUGCUGCUCCCUACCCCCUUAUCCAAAAUAGGGCUGUUUACAGCUCAUUCCUCAGAUAUUCUGCUAAAAAAAACAUCUGCUUGGUUUUUAUUAUCUUGUCUAUCACGCUGAAAUCAUGUGUUUUAAACCAUAUCAGUUUGAACUUCUGAUAUACGGUUUACUGAGUGCACAUAUCUGAAGCACGCUCACUGAAAGUUUCUGUCACAUGGCAUGUGAGUACGAAACCAAGUUAUUUUUCAUGUCUUAUUGCGCUUAAACUGUCAAAUAAACACAGGUUUAUGUGAAAA